AUUCGCGGCGACUACCACUUCUUCUUCUCCCCCCUCGUACAGAUUUCUUGACUUCCUUCCGCCUUUUAUAUGGCACUCAAGGUGUCAUUUGAGCAUUUUAGCGUUUCAUUGACUCUUCACCAAAUAUUACGCGAGCUGUGGGUUACUGUAGUGGCGUGAGAAAGGUGAAAUUUCCGAUGAGCAAUGGGCAAUGAGAUGUGCGAGUCUUCUGCCUCGUAAGGUUAUUUCUCAUCACCCAGACGAGGGCGUGGGGGGUAAACUUUUUUAAUUACCAUUUUCCCGUGUUUCUAUUCUACGCGUCGCGGUGAAACAGAAUGCGGUGUACCCUGCAACAGACGACGUCUCUCAUACCAUUCGCGACAAACGAGUCCUUCCUAACAGCAGGCAGGUUCUCGUGAGUUUAGAGAAGCAUAAUCUGUCCGAGUAAAUUUAAUUAAUUUACGGGAAGAAAAGUGCUGAGAGAGAGAUCAGUUUUGUAAUGCUUAUACACGCAGUUUGUCCACAAUUUUCAACCAUAAAUUUUGUGAUGAUUCCAAAAGGUCGAAUGUACAUAUAUUUGCGUCGUUUAUAUUCCUCCCCACCAACGCUAAGGUUGUCUUCUUAUCAUCAUUCUGCCUGAAUGCGUUGAAUUGAUUUUUCUUUAGUGGAGGUAUGGGGUAUACACAUUGAGGUCGACAGGUAAUUCGAGGGGUGAUGAAAAGUGACAUCGAAAGAUGCUGGUAUCGGUCCUAUGGGGAUGUGUUUGAUGGCAUCAAAUGCGGAGUGAAUAAAGCGCGGAAUGGCUUCAUUGAGGAGUCGCUUUGUUCCAUCCACUGUGACAUUCUCUAAUCUCUCUCUCUGGCAUUGUAAUCAUCAUCCAUCUUAUCUAGCACGCUGAUUGCCCUUUCAUUCGGUAGAAAUUGGCGCGUUAUGUAUGCGAAGGUGAUUUAUACCUACCCAACAGCGUUAAAAAGCACUCCAAAAAAAACAGGAUUUUUCCACAAAGAAAAAUGUUUUUUUAGGCAAAAUUAAAUUAUUUUCCACGAGGAUAAAAUUAAAGGUAAAAAAAUUUGUUCAAGUUUUUUUUUCCCAUAAAAGAGUUUUCAUUUUAUCUAACAAAAAUCUACAUAAAGUCCUUCAUUUUAUACUCUUUAGAAUAAAUUUUUGGGGAUUGACGGUGUUUUGUUUCGUUGUAUAUAAUUGGCUUAGCUGCCUAUCAAUCGGGAGUGGCUUCAAAGUUCACCAUGACAAUCCCCUAGAGAUAAAGGAUCCCUUGCUAGGGUAACCAAGCGUGGUUGUUUCACCUGUAUUGGUUGCACGCUGCUAAAACACAACUUCAUAUGAAAAUACUCACAGUCAGUUCUUACACUCAGUCAUGUAAAAUCUUUUGCAAACGAGUAAAGAAAAUUGAAGAAGGUGAAACAACAGCUGCUCCUGACAUAUUGAUUAUUAUGAGACCUACACCAUUUCUUCACCCUCUCUCCUGUUUUCGCCAGUCGUCUGUAUUAUGAAGUUGGAGGCACCUUUCUCAGCAUUUUACUUCCAGGUGUUGGAAAUGUUUCGAGAGUCUCCCCCACGAAAGAGGAGAAAAAGUUUACGAUGGCAAUUGGUGAAGGCAGAUAAGUGGAUUCAAUUCAGGUUGAGCACGAUCAAUGAAACUCUUUUUAUACCAGGGAGGGUGCGAAAGAACACUAUACGUACUGCUUGAUUUUUUUUUCAACUCAGAAUUUCCACUGAGUUUCACUUCGAUGGCAAUUUAAUUUCAAUCUUUCCAGUGACUGCCGUUGAACAACAUCCCACAGUAAAGGUGUCGUGCGUCUUUUCAGGUUUUUUAAACUUUAAAUUCCUUAUUUUCAAGAGUGGGAGAGAGAGAGUUUAUAAAAUUGUCAGGAAUUUCUCAAUUCCUAACCCAUAUACAUAAAUUUAACUCUUCAAGAGAGGGGCGGUUUUUUUUUUAUGGAAAACAACUCAAUUUGAUGCGAUUAAAGCAAGUGCUUUUGAUAUGGCAAAAUUGGUGUGGCUUUUUGGUGGCCAAUUCCACUUUUGCUUACCUUUCAGCUUCCCUAUGGUUAUCGUGGGUGGCACAAAUUGUCAAUUCUGUUAAUGAACUUUUUUGCAAUUUCCUCCGCACACAUGUGACACAACUCCAACCCCUCAAUUCUGUGUGUAGUGUAUGUCGUUCUCAUAGGGCCAGGGCUACCCCAUGUGUUGCGCUUUCGCACCCAAACUCACCAAUUUAUAGGUGUCAAUGUGUUGUGAAUCAGAGUCGAAAUGGAUUCCAAAUGCCAUAUAAAUAUAUUUUUUUAUCGUUGUUCUUCUGGCAAUACAUAGUUAGCAAAAAAAAAAAAAAGAAUAAUAUUUCUUUUAAAAUAACAAAAUAUUCGAAAGUAUGAAAAAAUUAAGAGAAGUUUUUCUUAGGAUUCAGUGGGUUUUUUUUACCUAUGAUUCUUUGCUUCAAUGUUUAAUCCUUUUUAUGGCAAUCACCCAAAAAAUUAAAAAAAAAAAUAAUAAUAAGCAUUUCCUAAACAUUGGGCCUUAUUCAGCGACCAAGAAGCCCUUGAAAUUCGCUUGGUCGCUGAAUUAAGCUCAUUAUGUACUUUUAUUUUGUAGUAAAAGGUAAAACUCUCCAUACUAACUAAGUCUUGCGCUAAAGUUUUUUCUUUUUAAUUGAAGCCUAAAUUAUUUUAAACUAGGUCUAAGUUCCUCUAAAGUUAGGCUGAAGUUUUUUUUUAAGCUAGACCUAAAUUAUUUUAUUCUCUGACUAAGUUGUUUAAAACUAAACAUUAAGUAUUUUAUAAACAAAAUAUCAGCCCUACAUCCGUCUGAUCUUAAAGAACUUAGGCUUAGCCUAAAAAACUAUAGACUUUGCUACAUUGAAAAAAAAAAACUUAAAAUAGUAGCUUUAGAAACAUUUAUGUCUGACUUGAAACGAUUAAGCUGGAUGUUUUAGAGUGAAUUUCAUACAGAGAGUAUGAAAAUAAAAAAAAUGUUGAAUACGCUCCUGUUUAGGGCUCUCACCUUCAAACACGGAUGCUGACGAGAGAGUGCCAUAUGUAGAUUGCAAUUACAGACAAUUCGAUUCCUCUUUCCACUUUCGUGUCAAGGCAAGCUGGACGAUGAAGCGAAGAUGAAAGUGCUGUGUUGUGAAAAUGGGAAUUUCAGUUGAGGUGCAAGAUGACAAGCUGACGAUUGUUUCCUUCCUUGAUGAUGCUUCUUGGGGUGGGGCGGACAAGGCGAAUGGGGGUAUGAGAGAAGACUCUAACUGUGAUUUUCUUCAAGUGCCAAGGAUGGUUCAAGUACGUCAAAGUGGCUGGCUCAGUAUGGACUCAUCUUGCUCUCCCCUUACUCUCAUUCGGGAGAUGCCUUUAUUGUGACCAAAUAGCUCAAAAGUGGAGGUGAACAAGGCAACAGCAAAUACACACAAUUCCUGGAAGAUGAUCAAAUAGCUGAUUGCACCAUUUUAAUGAAAGAAGAAGAACAGAGAAAGGACACAUAGCUCAACCCAGUCAUCCAUGCCAGGAGAGAUUCUAAAUGUGGAGGGACACCCUUAAAUGUGGAACAUGGUCAAAUUGCCCAAAAAGCCCAAAUCUCCACCCUGCCUCCUUCCGCUCAAGAUAAUAAAAGAAAGUGAUCUGGAUAGAGAUCCAUCGUUGGCAUCGGGACUACACAAGGACAAUGACACAGCACCAUCUGCUGCCCCACACACGGAAUACUCCAUCAAUUGCCCCCAAUGCCACUUAGGGUUGCCAGGCUUUCAGGCAUGGAAGGAGCAUGUGGAAUGCGCCCAUCCGAUGGGUGAGAAAUCACCCCAUGAGGCCGGCUCACCCAACCAUCAACCGCCAAAUCAUCGGCACCACCACUCUGUGACACCUUCACCACCUCUGGCACUGGCCACUUCCUCCGCGUCGGCCACGGGUACCUCAAUGCUGCAAAAGACGCCACUCCUGACGUCAUCUGCGUCACCGUCGUCAGCGUCCAUUUCAGUGAAGAGUGAAGAAGGUGGUGGGCGUUCAACAAGUCCCAGUUCCUCACUCGAUGGGCCCCACGCAUGCGUCCAGUGCUCCGCCUCGUUUCAGAGUCGUGAUUUGCUCGAAAAACAUGAAUUGCUCCACUCACCGAAUGGAACUGUGAGCUGUAAGACUUGUCACAAAGUCUUUGCUAAUGUCUAUAGACUUCAGCGUCAUAUGAUAAGCCAUGAUGAGUCAGCGCUCCUGAGGAAAUUUAAAUGUACUGAUUGCGAUAAAGCAUUUAAAUUUAAGCACCACCUCAAAGAACACGUGAGAAUACAUUCGGGCGAAAAGCCAUUCGGAUGCAAUAACUGUGGCAAACGCUUUUCCCAUUCGGGCUCCUACUCUAGCCACAUGACAUCAAAGAAGUGCAUCAGUAUGGGUCUCAAAUUGGGUACUGCUGGUAUAGCUGGGUCACGCUCAGGACGCGGUGGGGGUGAUAAGAACUCCAAUAGUAUCUUGGCAGCUGCACAGAAACGUGCACAAAUGUUUCAUCAACCACUCCUUGCCGGUGGACUUCAUAAUAACAACAAUUCAACAAAUUCCAAUCACAAUGCCUUCCUGCCGAUCUUGCCAAAGUACAGUAACAACUACGACGCCAUGAAUGUGGCCAUUUUUGCUUCCUUCCAAAAUCCCUUCUACUCAAUGGCGGCACUUGAUCCACGCAAUGCAGCUGCCUUCAAUCCAUACAGUUUGCAACGACUCCUUGAGCUAACGGCUGCUGGGAAUCAACAUCAAACCUCCAUUGAGGCCCUCCUGAAAGCAUCGGCAAGUCAACGAUCUAGUGAAACAAAAACACCAAGCUUACAUUCCGACCCUGAGGAUAUGAUUGAAGAAGUUACGGAAGACAAUGCCGACGAUGUACCAAAAUUAGUGAUGGACAUCGAUGAGAAGGGUAGUGAGAAGAGUCAAUCGGAUAGUCAAAUUUGUGGGAAUGCAAUGAGUCAGUAUCACAGCAGUUGUGAUGCUAGAAAUACCGUGUCUGUGACACCACCAUCAAUGGAACAGGAUACACAGUCGCGAUCCAAUGGCUUUCCCCCGGAAACAUCAACUGUGGACGAACGACAGAAUCUCCAGUGUCAACAUUGCGAUAAAACAUUUAAUCAUCGCACGGAACUGGCGCAACAUGAAAAAGUUCUCUGUGGUUCUAUUAUGUUUCGCAAACAUGAUAGUCUUGCAGAACGAGUGGCGGAAACAAUGGCUCUCACGAGCUACCUAGCAGCUGCAGCAUCAGGUAGUGAGGAUGACACUGAAGAUAGGGAUGCAAAAGUGAAUGCCGAAGGGGAACGCAAGGUGAGGGUACGAACGGCAAUUUCGGAAGAACAGCAGGCUGUCCUCAAGGAGCACUAUGCCGUCAAUCCUCGUCCAAGUCGUGAAGAGUUUCGAUCAAUAGCUGCACGCUUAAUGCUAGAUCCACGUGUGGUACAGGUGUGGUUUCAAAAUAAUCGAUCACGUGAAAGAAAAUUGAAUAGCAUUGGAAUGAUGAAACAACCAUUUACACGUGCGGGAUCACCACCUGCAUUUAAUUCCACGGGGACCAUUGAUUGGGAUCAACCACUGGAUUUGUCACUAAAAAAGGAUACACGAGAAUCUCAGGUACAUGAUGCAGCAACACCAUCGAACUCACCAAGAUAUGGAACUGUACCACUUCAAUCGACAACAGGUCAAGAGGAAGUAAUGAAUCUCAGUCACAAAUCAUCACGAAGCCCAACACCUUAUCGACCAUUGCACCUGUAUGGGGCAACAUUGAGUAACAGAAUGGAUGCAUUGGUGCGCCAAACACCGUCCCCGAAUGAAGCUGUACCUCGUCAUACACCCUAUGUUCUUCCUAGUGCUGCCCUAGGGCUUGUACCAAUGGAACGCCUUUUGCAGAUGACACCAGAAAUGGCACGAAAUCCCCUAUUGAGUCUCAAGGGGGAACGCGGUAAUAGCCUGAGUCCAGGUAGUGAACGACGUUCGUGGAAGGAUGAAGAGUCCCGGAUUGAUGGUGGAAUCGAUAUGACCAAUUGCUUAAUAAAUGCAGGUCAUUCAAAUAAAAGAGUGAAAAUUGAACAAGAACAAGAGGGACAAUUUGUUUGUGACCAAUGCGAUAAGGCCUUCAGUAAGCAGAGUUCACUCGCUCGUCACAAAUACGAGCAUUCCGGUCAGCGACCUUACAAAUGUGCCGAAUGUCCGAAGGCUUUUAAGCACAAGCACCACUUGACAGAGCACAAGAGACUCCAUAGUGGCGAGAAGCCAUUCCAGUGUUCCAAGUGUCUAAAAAGAUUCUCUCAUUCAGGUUCAUACAGCCAGCACAUGAAUCAUCGGUAUUCCUACUGCAAACCUUACCGAGAGUAGGGUAUCCAUAGGCGAGGAAUUGACCCAUUUUCGCGUGUAAGUCGCAUUUUUUCCACAAAUUUACUUUUACAAAGGAAAAACCUCCGGGAAGAACACAUUUUCAGCCAGUUAAAGACGUUUCCUAUGUGAUGCUUUUAAAUGAAAUUACAUUUCUUUCAAUUAUUAAUUAUCUUCUACAUACUAUUAUUAUUUUAUACCUAUUUAAAAGAAAAAUAAUAAUAAUUUGGCAAGUACAUAAAAGAGAGAAAGAAAGAUAUGGUAACUUUACGAAUAUCAUAUCAUAAAAAUGUACUUAAGUGAAUUUAAUUAAUAACAUUUUUAUUAAAUGAACGCAAGUAUGUGAGAAAGAUCAGAGAAGAAGAAUUAACAUGUCGAAAAAAAAAAGAUUGCCAUUCCUUUUAACAUAAUAUUAUGUUUAAAAAAAAAGAGAGAAGAAUUAUUUAUAAGAUCUUUUGCCAAAAUGAAAAUUUGCCAUUUUUUUACUUCUUAAAUUAAUUUUCUAGGUUAAAAAAAAAUUUAGUCUUAUAUUACAUUUACAUUUAAAUUGAUGAAAUUUUCGAAAUUAGAAUAUGAAUUAAUCUUCAAUCAAUUACCUAUUUACAUAUAUACUUUAUGAAAUGGAUGAGUUUAAUCUAUUCUUUACUUUGAAUUCAAUGGGUCAUUGAAAUAUAUACGAAACGAAUUCACAAUGAAAUUAUUCUUUAUUUUUGUUUUGCCUUAGAAUGUGACUCUUUUCUUGGUUGCCAUUGUUAUUGGUACCUGCAUCAAUACUCAUUUUGUCUUUCCAAGCUUUCUUCUUUUUGCUUAAAGGCUUAGAACUUCUUAACCUAUUUAAUAUUAUUUGUUGUUUUUUUUUUUGUUUGCGAAGGGCUGGGUAGAGCAAUUCCUUUAUUUUUCAAUUUAUAUACUUUUUUUUAUUUUUAUUUGUUUUCUAUAAAUUAAAUAUAAAUUGCAAAAAAAUAUAAGAAAUCCUUCAUAUUUUCCUCCACGAUAAACCAAAAUUAAUUUCACACGUGCAGUGGUGUAGCCAGGUAGGGAGGGUAUCCAUAAAUAUUCUUUAAGUCCCGGUUCAUUUUUUAGAAAUCAAAAUAAAUUAAUUAAUUUGAUUGUCCGAAUUAUUAGCUUGCCCAAUACUUUUCUGGAUUUUAACCAAAAUUUUGAAAAUCUGUUUUAUUUGAAUACAAGACAAAAUGCCCCUCUUGCAUAGAUUCCUGACUACACCUACCUCUGCAAAGAACGCUAUUAGGCAUACAUACAUAUAUGGGUGUUGCUUUGGUCUUUUAGAGAAUUAAAAAAGAAGAAUAAGAUAAAAAGAAUAUUUAAAGGGACGAAAUUGCAUUUUAUGGGUAAUUCUUGUCCGUUUUUCCUAUUCUUAAACUCGUUUACUUCUCUGAAAGAUGAGGAGGGAUUUUUAAACCAUAUAUGCCAUAUAUGCCUGAAUAACCACCUUGAAAAUAUUUUAGUAUUGAAUACAGAAUUACUGUAGCGAAUAAUAAACCUAUACCACAACGCAACGAAAAGAAAAGUCAUCGAACUAAAAUUAAUUAUUUUGAGACAUCUUUGUUUUGGUAUUUUGCAAAUUAUUAAUUUAUUUAAACAUGGGAAAAUAUGACAGAGUGUAUAAAUUAGGAAGAGGUCUUCAGUGGUUCAGAGGAGAAGAGAUUGUAAAAGAAAAAAAAAAUACGAAUAAGAUAAAAUUUUGAAAAAUAAUGAAACUUACACGCAUAUAGGAUUAUGUGAAAAAUACGCAUUUUGGACCACACGGUGUUAACAUGACAAUACAUUUUAUUCUUAAAUAAAUAAAAAAAAAUAUAUACAUCUUUGAAACAUGUGAAAAGUGAAAGAAAUUGCAAGAAAGAAAACAUAACCAUUUACCUAUAUAGUAGAAAAAAAUCACCUUUGCUACUUUUUCUCCUAAAAUCUUUUUCCUAUCUUGUUCAGAUAUACGAAAAAUCUUACGCCUCAGAAUGUUCUUUGUUUCAUAACAAAAUAAAAAAAAAUAAAAUUAAAAGAAAAUUAAUAAACCAAAUUUUUGCAUUUAAAUAGAUACUGUAAAAAAAUGUAAGAAAAAAUUGAAAGUAUUGUAAGGAAUUCUAAAAAAAAAAAGCUCUCUGUAUAUAAUUUUUAGAAAUAUAUGUAUAUUCUUACCCUUUGAGAGACAUUCACGUAGAAUUGUAAUUAAGAAUGCUCAAGAAUAUUACAAACCAAAACUUCUCAUUUUUAUUUUCAUUCUAAAUCUUAGCCUUACGUCGCCCUCAACUACAUAAUUUAAAACAUUUAAUUGAGAGUCUUUAAUAAUUUCUGAUUUUUUGUUGCAAUUUUUAAUAAAGCUGCUGAGUAAAAAAAAAUGUUAAAAGAAAGUACUACCCUCUUUUAACUUCUAGAUACAUUACAAAGAAAAAAUUUGUAAGAUUCUAAAGAAUCUUCUUUUAAUUGAGGAAAUGAAACAACGAUAUUUGGUGACAAAUUAUGACAAAGAUAAACCAAAAAAAAAAAUAAUAAAAAGAAACCCUAAUUGAGAUAAAAGAAAAAAAUACGAAAAAUGAAGGUAAUGAAAUAUAUAACUAUCUAAAUUAUAUAUUAUUAUGCAAAUAAACACUAAAGUUGUAAAAUUAAAAAAAAAAUAACACAAAAGAACGUAGAAUUAAGGGUAAUUAAUAAAAUGUGUCUUUUUAAUUAUUAAAUUUGCUAAAAAAAAAAUAAAUAAUUGCGAUUGGAAGACCUUUACCAAUUUAGGAAUGUGAAGAACUUUUACCAUAUUAGUGAAAAAAAAAUGCAAGGAAAUAUGGGAAAAAAUAAAGUCUUUUAUUGAUUAAAAUAUAUUAAAUUAAUAAAUUAGAUGAUGGAAGAGGGAAUAAAAUUAAUUAAGAUUCGUAUUAUAUUGAUUAUAUGAUAUUAUAUAGAAAUACUACUACAGAUAUAUUUACAGUUAUUGUUAAAAUUUUAUUUAACGUAAAGAAAAAAUAUUAAAUUUACUAAAAAUUAUGCAACAUAAAGUACUAAUCAUUCCACAAGACGGAUAAAACAAGUGAAUGAACCUCAUUUGAAAUUUUACUUAUUCUUACUACUGCAAAAGAAAAACAAGAUUAAAUAGAAAGGCAGAGGUCUAAGUGAAUAAAUGAUAGGAACAAAAAUAAAUUUUAAUGUUGAUGCCAAAAAUUAAGAAAAAUAAAUAAAUAAAGAGUUGCCAAAAAAAUAUUAUAGCGAUAGAAAAGUAAAUAUUGAUAGAACGAUUCAGAGAAACAGUGUCAGAUCUUUUUUUUUUUCAAAAAGAAAAUGGUUAAGAAAUUAAGAAAUCGAAGGAAAAUCAUCGACAUAUGAAACAAAAAUUAAAUAAAUUAAAAAGAAAAUAUUGUAACAUAACAACAAAAAAUAUACUUAUUGAAAAAUAAUUUUUAAAGUUCUCCCAAAGAGAAUACGAAAAUUAAACACAAAAGAUUACGAAAUACAAGAAAAAAAAUUGUAUUUGAACAGACAAUAAAAAUUUUAAUUAAAAAACAAAUAAAAUCUUAUAAAAAAUUAUUGAAGAAGAAGGAAAAAAAUAGAUGAAAGAAAAUAGUUGAAUUUCAGCGUCUAAUUACAAUUUAACAUGAAAAAAAAAUUAUAGAAUGAAAAUAGAUAAAUUCUACACGCGCGAUUUUUAAUGCCUUUCAUUUAACUUUAAAAAAAAAUGUUCUUGUGCUAUGAUCAGUUUUCUAAUUGUGAGAAUUUUUCAUAAACAAAAUAAGUAAUAUCCUUUUGCAUUUCCUUUGAUUUUUCAUUUCUUACAUUCACCACACCCACCAAAAUGAAGAGUGUAGGUAGUGAAUUUUAACUGAUAAAACAACGACUUGACUAAGAAGAAAGAACACCAAAAAAUAAACGAAAAGUCACAAAGAAUAAAAAAAAAUAUUAUAUUGAUAAAAAAGGUCUCAAUAUAAUGAUUAAAAAAAAAAGAAAUGGAUGAAUAUUAAGGUUUCUAAAACAACGAUUGAGAAAUAUUCUACGAUUAAUUAUUCUAUAAAGAUUUUUACUUGGAAAUAACAAAAUACAUUUAAUAAUUCUUCUUUUAACAUACCUACCUUACCUACCAAAACAAACUCUUUAUUUCGUAAGACUUUUUAUUAUUUGAUGAUUUUUUUUUUCAUUUUAAUUUUGUGCAAAUUUGUUGUGCCAGAGAGUUUGGUAAUUUUUUUUUAAAUUACCAAAAGAAUGGAGAAAGCUAGGAAUCCAAAGAGAAUUUUGUAAAAAGGAAUUUUAAGAAUUUAAUAAAUGAAACAAUGCCAUGUGGAAGAAGAGUUUUUCACGACGAUUUUUGUAAGAUUUACUUUUCUUCCGUAAACGCAACAACGAAAUAAUUUUUAUUUUCAUUUUUUUUUAAUAUUAUAAUACUUUGAUACCAACAUCUUUCUUUAUUUUUUUUAAAUUAAUUUUAUUAUAUUGAAAGUAAUAAAAAAUGAUGUAAUAUUUAAAAAGAAAAAUGAAGAAAAUAUUAUAUGUUAAGGUAUUUUGUUAUAUAUACAUAAAAUAAUGGUAGCCAACUUAAGGGAAAAAAAUUUAAGAAAAAAAAUCGACAAAACUCAAAACAAUAGUUAUUUAAAAUUAUGUUUUCACCACAAUAUUUUUUAAUAUAAUAUUAUUUUUAUAUGACCUUGAUUUUUUUUUAAAUCGUACUAGUGGGCAAGAUGAAAGAUGAAAAUGAUAUAAAUAAAUGUAUUUUAAUCGAUAUGUCUUAAUAAAUUUAAAGAAAACAAA